AUGGAUGGCCACUUCCCUUCGGCGCCACGAGUGAAGCGGCCUCACCUCCUGGCAGCAGGGGUUGGAGCUGUGAUCUGCGGCGACUUCGUGGCAUGGCAGCCGGCCAACGGGCAAGGUUUUGGCUGUGCCCUCGUGUCGUUCUUCGUGGCGGCAAUGUUUUACUUGGUCUUGCUGUGCACCCUUGCUGAGGUGGUGAGUCGCAUGGGGUAUGCUGAAGGUCCUAGCCAAGUUGCUGCCUGCAUCGGUCCGAGGACAUCAUUCAUAGCUGGCUUUGCAGAGGUGUUGAAAUGCGUCUUUGUGAUGGCAGAUGUUGCCACAGCCAUAGGUGCGUUUAUGCAGGAAAUCUUUCUGACCCCGUCACAGUUACAGCCAAUAUGGUGGGUCGCGUUCUCGGUAGUCACAUUGCUACUCAAUACCAUGUUCUUCGACGUGUCAAUGAAAGCUCUUGUGGUUUUGACCGGCGCUGCUUGCUCCAUACUUCUGGCUUUGUUUUUCCUAUCGCUCUCCACUACUUUCGACUUUGCACAUGAUGUUGUUGCGGGAGUUGAUCCUUUUCGACGAGUGUCCCUUGCCCACAUGGUCCAAGUUAUGCCAGCCGGGCUUUGGUUCUUCCUCGGGGUAGAGGAGCUCUUUUGGUUCGGAAAGUUUGCGAAGGACAUGCACCACAGCAUGCCGCGGGCGAUGACGUGGUCCUAUGUCAUGUUGUUUGUCCUUUCCUGUUUAGCACUGCUCGUGGGCGCCACAAGCUCUCAAGGCUCGCACAGCAUGAUGGAGCACAAGUUUCCGCUGCUGGACGCGUAUGUGACAGCACUUGGUGAGAGCGAUGCGGUCCGCUACCUUUGCGUUUGUCUGGUACUUGGUUUUGUGGCCUCCCUACAUACUUUCACCUUCGUUGCGGGACAGCUCAUGACGCAAAUGGCAGAAGACAACCAGCUCCCUGCUUGCCUGGCAUACCGCAGCAAGGUGACAGGUGCCCCUACAAUUUCCGCGCUGAUUGCAACGCUUCUGGCGCUGGUACUGGCGGAGGUGAUCUUCCAAGCAGAGGAGUACAACUACGAAGCACUCCGUGGGACCUUCAUUUCGGCCGCAACUUUGUGUGCGGUCUUUGUCUACAUCAUUGAGCUGGUCUGCUUUUUCUUGCUUCGCCGUGGCAGCACCGGCAACGAGGAGAAGGUGUUUACCUCACCAUUCGGAGUGCCUGGCGCAGUGAUCGCCCUUGGCCUUUCCUUGGUCUUCUUCACCUGUACUGUGGUGUCGCCGUUCGUUUUCUCUAUGAGGGUCAGCGGAAUGCUGAUCUCUCUUUCCGGGCUUCUCUUGGCCGGGCUAUUUGAUGCCGUCACGCGGUGCCGCAAGAGGAUCGUCCGCGCCGCAGACGUAGCAGCGCCCAAGAUGUCGCGACGGCCAGAAAGUUAGUUAGCUGACGAAUGAAUCGCAUGCUCCAAUUUUACAGCCGGAGCUCUCUUGAAAGAUUUUGAGCAGAGCUGCCACAAGUGAGGCUGAAUCUCAAUUCGGGCUGCAAUCGUUGCACAUGUAAAGUCCUAGCCUGGACUUCAAAGCAGGCCACAGG